GUGUGGCGCCGCGGCGAGGAAGGGACCGAGGACAUAAAGCCGGGUACCUUAACUUGUAAUAGAUAGGAAAUAAAUGGGCGGCGCGUUGUUUGACCUUGUUUCCCUCUUGUGGCCGCAAACAAAUCACCGUGAUGAAGAAAGCCCUGUUCCAACUUCCAGCCCGAGGUUCCAGGCGUUUGGGUGGCGAUCUCACGCUACGGCGCCCCUGAUAGAUCAAUUGUUGGACUAGGUUAAAGUAGACAGACACCAUGAAGCUUAAAGAGGGAUAGCGGCUCCCAAGCCCCCCUCCUUCGUCUGUUCCGGUCAUCCGCACACGCAGGUCGUCGUGCGCAACAAACCGCUUGUAAGAACCUCCACAACAAACAAGUAGAAUGCCUUUCACCGACCAACAAUUCCAAACACUGGCCUGGAUUGGCAGAGUGUCGAGUUUCCUCUCUGUCAUUGGAGUGUUAUCCACUUUCAGUUUCUUCUACAAGAAUCCAAAGAGUGCUCGGAACCCUACUGCCCGCUUGAUUAUCUUCAUGGCAGUCGGUGACCUGAUGUCCGCUGUCGCAAAGUCGAUGGGACGAUGGCCAGUCUCUCUUGGGACCGACCAACCACUCUGCCAGUUCCAGGCAGUUCUCAUGCAAGAGGGCGAUCUGUCGUCGCUGACAUGGACCGCCAUCUUGGCAGCAAACCUGCUUUAUGUCAUGUUCUUUCGUGGCCGCACCACCACCCUCAGAAGAUACGAGGUUCCGUUGGCCGCCUUCGCCUUUGGCUGGCCUUUGAUCAUUGCGCUGCUCCCUCUUGGGCUACCAUCACCAUAUGGAAGGAUUUAUGGCGACACGACGCUAUGGUGUUGGAUCACCUCGAACUACAAACCCUACGAGCUUGGAUUUUUUUACAUGAUUCUUUGGACGAUCGUUCUCUUCCAGAUUGGGGCGUAUGCCCUGGCUGGCCGGUACAUCUGGAACACCUCAAAAGCGCUGGAAACAAUGAACGCCAACACAAGUAGCGUCAACAAGUACCGCAUGAUUUUCAUUCGCACAGCGGCAUGUUACUUGACUGCGUCCAUCGUCGUCUGGUUGCCGUCUUCAAUCAACCGCGUCUAUAGGAUGUCGACUGGCGAGACAUCAUUUGGCCUGUCAACGGCACAGACGGUCAUGUCGCCGCUCAGAGGCUUUGUCAACUUCCUCGCCUAUUUCUUGAUCUAUCGCCUGUCCCAAAAGAAGAAGGGGGCCAGUUACUCCCCUGAGAUCUCUACCGACCAACGACAACGAUCUCGCUCCGCGGCGAUGAAAUCCCCAUCCUACAAGGAUAACGGAAUAACAAGCAUUGAACUGGCCCUCAGCCGGGGCCAUGUCGCUCCGAGCGACCUCGCGGAGAUCCACGCGGAGAACAGCAGCCAAACCUUGAUGGUUGAGCGGGCAUAGUCGAUCACGAGUUUUACGUGAUCAUCGGACAU